AUGAUAGUUUUGAUCGUGUAAAAAACUGCUUGAGUUCUUAGUGAAGGUUUUUAGUAACAAUUUAGCAUUUAGGAGAUACAGCUGCUUUAUCGUUGUGCAAAGAAUUAAUGUAGAAAGUUAUAUUGGUUGAAUUAUUAUUUGGUGCUGGUUUUGUGACUUCUCCAAAGAUAUAUUUGAUGUUUAUAAGGUGCAUAGGUAUCUGUAAUAUUUUAAAAGUGAUUAACAUAGGGAUGAUUUUUCGUGAGUUGGUUCCGUGAAUUGUAUUUCCACCACACGGGCACACUGAAUAAAAAUAUGAGAAGUUGAUGAUCAUUAAUAAUUGAGCGUGGAAGUAUUAAUUAAAAGUUAUAUGGAAGAAGGAACUUUCUAAAGGACAAUUGAAGAUGUUUAACAACACGACUAUUUUAAAGACCGUAUCACAAGAGAACUGGUGUAUUAACUACAGCGCAACAUUUUUAUCAACACAAGCCGGAAAAAUAAACCUCAUAGCUUUUUGUGUUGCAUCAUUAUUAUGUUGUAUUGUAAGUGUUGUCUUAAACACCAUCUACAUAUGCGCAGUGUUAAAAAGCAAGACCUUACGAAAGUUGGUCAACGAUUUAUAUCUCAUGUUAUCUAUAUGUGAUCUGGUCUCUGGUUUAUCGUUAAUUCCUGUUUACUCUUUAUGGUUGGACGGAUUUUUGCAUGAAAACCCUCGCUGUUUUCUUAUUAAUGUAUGGACAGUAAUGGCGUAUAGUUUUAUUAUGAUGUCCGUAACAGCUAUUGGCUUAAUCACAUUGGAAAUAUAUAUAGCAGUGUUCAAACCAUUUUCGUAUAAGUAUAUAACAAAGAAGAGACUUUUAUCCCUGUGUUUGUUAGGUCUAUGGAUACCAUCUGUUGUAUUUCCAACCUUGUCUGUAUACGUGUUUUCCGAUACAAUUAGUAUAAUGAGAGCAGUCUCAACUGUUUAUGCCUUGGUGAUAUUUUUAACUAUGAUUGUGUGUCAAAAGAGGAUAUAUGGCUACAUUAGAGCGAACGAAAGCAAAUGUAGCAACCAGAGAAAGAAAGCUGCCAGAGUUGCCCUACAGAUUUUACUGGCGUACGGGUUAUGCAGCGUGCCAGCAGUAAUGGCGAAUGUUAUUAAUAGAUUGUUUUUCGAUUCGGUGAUUAUUGAUAACUAUGUCAAUCGCUGGUGUAAUUUUUUCGUACUCUCGUACUCUCUGUGGGACACGUUCAUCUAUGGUUAUCGUUCUUCUAGAGUUCGAAAAGAGGUUUUAAAGAUGCUAUUAUGUGGAUAUGUAACCAAUCCAUACAUAUCGAAACAAGAAAAUCGAAAAUCAGGAGCUUUUGUUGUAUCAAAUAACUUAUAACAGACUUCUUAUAGUGAUACGCACAGCCAGUAGUAAGACGAAUAGAUCAUUUUUAUUUUUAAGAUAAACAGAAGAAGUAUCUACUGAAGAGAAUUGCAUGUAUCAUGUACUCUGCUGUUUGAAUUGUAGCUAAUGUGCAUUUCUCAUUGUUACAUAUUAUUUUUAGUAGAUUUCUGUAUUUAAUUACCACAGAAAAAUUCUACACUUGUUA